AUGUCAAUCCACCGCAGCAGUCGGUCAUCAAUGAUGUCAUCUGCAUCUUCUUCCUUAGAUUCCUGUCUGAAAUAUCAGAUGGUAGAAGUCGAAGCUUGCGGGUUACACGGCGGUCAGGUCGGAUGCUUGUCAAUGGUCUCGGAUUGGCUGUGGCGGGCCGUCUGCUGCCAACGGGAAGUCUGCGGACCACGGAUUCGAUUUCCCGAGAACCUUUUCGUUUCCGUGGUGCACGACAGAGAUGUGGUCGUCGCAGUCCUGAAAAAUUCGUCUCUGGUGACUGGUGCCGAACGCGUGAAACCGUGGUAA